ACAGCGGCGUGGCGGCGGCCGUGGCGGUAGCGACGGCAGGCCGUAGGGCGGUCAGAAGGUUUCCGGUUCCGGUGUAACGUUCGGGCUCCGUCUCAGGGGCUGAAGUUUGUGAGGUGUAGUAUUGAGUCCAGUUUGAGCUAUUGUUCUCUUUUUCCUGCAAAAUGGCACUGUCUAAGAGGGAGCUGGAUGAGCUGAAACCAUGGAUAGAGAAGACAGUGAAGAGGGUCCUGGGUUUCUCAGAGCCUACAGUGGUCACAGCAGCAUUGAACUGUGUGGGGAAGGGCAUGGACAAGAAGAAGGCAGCCGAUCAUCUGAAACCUUUUCUUGAUGAGUCUACUCUCCGAUUUGUGGACAAACUCUUUGAGGCUGUGGAGGAAGGCCGAAGCUCUAGGCAUUCCAAGUCUAGCAGUGACAGGAGCAGAAAACGAGAGCUAAAGGAGGUGUUUGGUGAUGACUCUGAGAUCUCUAAAGAAUCAUCAGGAGUAAAGAAGCGACGAAUACCCCGUUUUGAGGAGGUGGAAGAAGAGCCAGAGGUGAUCCCUGGGCCUCCAUCAGAGAGCCCUGGCAUGCUGACUAAGCUCCAGAUCAAACAGAUGAUGGAGGCAGCAACACGACAAAUCGAGGAGAGGAAAAAACAGUUGAGCUUCAUUAGCCCCCCUACACCUCAGCCAAAGACUCCUUCUUCUUCCCAACCAGAGCGACUUCCAAUUGGCAACACUAUUCAGCCCUCCCAGGCUGCCACUUUCAUGAAUGAUGCCAUUGAGAAGGCAAGGAAAGCAGCUGAACUACAAGCUCGAAUCCAAGCCCAGCUGGCACUGAAGCCAGGACUCAUCGGCAAUGCCAACAUGGUGGGCCUGGCUAAUCUCCAUGCCAUGGGCAUUGCUCCCCCGAAGGUGGAGUUAAAAGACCAAACGAAACCUACACCACUGAUCCUGGAUGAGCAAGGGGCGCACCUGUUAGAUGCUCAACUGGAGAAGCUGCAGGCAGAGAUUUCACAAGCAGCUCGAAAAACAGGCAUCCAUACUUCGACUAGGCUUGCCCUCAUAGCUCCUAAGAAGGAGCUAAAGGAAGGAGAUAUUCCUGAAAUUGAGUGGUGGGACUCUUACAUAAUUCCCAAUGGCUUUGAUCUUACAGAGGAAAAUCCCAAGAGAGAAGAUUAUUUUGGAAUCACAAAUCUUGUUGAACAUCCAGCCCAGCUCAAUCCUCCAGUUGACAAUGACACACCAGUUACUCUGGGAGUAUAUCUUACCAAGAAGGAACAGAAAAAACUCCGGAGACAAACAAGGAGGGAAGCACAGAAGGAACUACAAGAAAAAGUCAGGCUGGGCCUGAUGCCUCCUCCAGAACCCAAAGUGAGAAUUUCUAAUCUGAUGCGAGUAUUAGGAACAGAAGCUGUUCAAGACCCCACGAAGGUAGAAGCCCAUGUCAGAGCUCAGAUGGCAAAAAGACAGAAAGCGCAUGAAGAGGCCAACGCUGCCCGAAAACUCACAGCAGAACAGAGAAAGGUCAAGAAAAUUAAAAAGCUUAAAGAAGACAUUUCACAGGGGGUACACAUAUCUGUAUAUAGAGUUCGAAAUUUGAGCAACCCAGCCAAGAAGUUCAAGAUUGAAGCCAAUGCUGGGCAACUGUACCUGACAGGGGUGGUGGUACUGCACAAGGAUGUCAACGUGGUAGUAGUGGAAGGGGGCCCCAAGGCCCAGAAGAAAUUUAAGCGUCUUAUGCUGCAUCGGAUAAAGUGGGAUGAACAGACAUCUAACACGAAGGGAGAUGAUGAUGAGGAAUCUGAUGAGGAAGCUGUCAAGAAAACCAACAAAUGUGUACUAGUCUGGGAGGGUACAGCCAAAGACCGGAGCUUUGGAGAGAUGAAGUUUAAACAGUGUCCUACAGAGAACAUGGCUCGUGAGCAUUUCAAAAAGCAUGGGGCUGAACACUACUGGGACCUUGCGCUGAGUGAAUCUGUGUUAGAGUCCACUGAUUGAGACUACUGCAAGCCCUUGCCUCUCCCCCCCUUGCCUUUGUCUCUUCAGUCCUCUCACUUAUUCUAUUUCCCAACCCACUCCCACUUGUUUGUGUGAUCUCAGAACUGUGCCAAGCAGACACUGGGACAAAGGGAGAAUAUCUUGCUCCCCUCCCGAGUCAGCCUGGUGUUGCCCUUUAUUCCCCUUAUGUGCAUAUGAUUAAAGAGUUAUUUUUAAACUUGGUGUGAUAUUUUUCACACAUUCCUAAGUACUA